GUCAUGUAUCUGUCCAAUUGAUCGGGUACUUGUUCAGCCAAGAAGAAGAAAAGUAAACGAGAAAUCAAUAAAUUGUCAUGAAUCAAAAUUAUCCAUACUGAAUAACAACAACUUGAAUGAAUUAAAAAUCUGUGCUAAACAAAUCGAAAGUAGACCUGAUGUUAAAACAAAAUCGAUAGAUAAAAAAGGCGUAAAUAUGAAAGCUUUUUCUGCAAGAGAGACAACACUUUCAAAUAGAGUUAAUCCAUCCGUGAUGCUCAAUAUAGUUGGACAACAUUUGUUUACAGAAUAUUCCAGAAAGUUGUGACUCAAAAGUUCUUGUAAAUCAGUAAUCAUACCAAUGAAAUAAAAAUUAGAAAUAAAUAUGACUUCAUGAACUCAUAACCCGAGUAUAUAUAAACUAUGACAUUAUUAUUGUUAUUCUUAUAUUUU